AUGGUACAAAAAUGUGGGCAGUUAUCUCAUCUGCUCCUGACAGAUGUUCUAGUUUCUUAUUCACAAGGGAGAGGGUUGGUGGAUCAGCCUGUUGUGCUACCCUGUGCCUACUCAGUGGCUAGUACAGUGGUCAUAUCUGUGCACUGGAGCCAAGGGACAUGUCCUAUGUCUUGAUGCUCAGAUACAGUUAUUUGGACUGAUGGAUCUCAUGUGACUUUUCAGAAGCAUAGGCAUUAUAAGGGAAGCCCUAAAAGGGAAUGUCUUUGGCCACAGACGCAAGGGAUAGUUAAUGAUAACACACCAUAUCACUGGAGGUUAAACCAGCUGGAAACACCAUUGUUCCAAUGUCAUCUAGUCUCUGCGCCUCCAAUGCCAACACCCACACAAAACCACGAACCAGUAACUACAUCACAUUCUCCAACACAGCCAACAGAAACCCAGGCUAAAACACUGCAGGAAUCAAGGACCUAACCUACCAGCACCAUUGCACCCUUGUGCAACAGAUGGGAAUGGCAGGGUGACAGUCUUCAAAUGGCCUUAAGCGUAACAAACUCAAGCGUCUCUGGCACAAAAUCCAGGGAUGAGCUCCACGAAGGGACUCUGUGUUGGAAUCAGUAUUUCUGCUGUGGUACUGCUAACAUUUUUGGUUCCUAUGUAUUUAUAAAUAAGAAACAAACUGCAACAACUAGAUAUGUGUGUCCAAGUACUUGAUAUCACAUUAUUGAGGAUGAUUUUUAUGUCAUGGAUUAAGACCCAGUGGCUCUCUAGGACUUUGUUCCCAUGACUGUGAAAGAUAGUAACCAGAUAUCACUGUGUGAGACUCCUUGUAAGUUUCGGGAUCAUUUUCGUGUGUCAGUUUCACCCAACAUUCCAGCAUGUCAGUGACAUUGGUUAGAGUGACCCUCUAGUUAAAAUGUAUGUGGUGUUAAUGGUGUUCAUAAUAUAGUCCUAUUUUUUAUCCUAAAACUAUUUCUGGUUGUUGCAGAGCUCUCUACCAAACAUGAAUGUUUUAGAAGUGUAUAUUGUCUAUAGACCCCAUGAAUCUUACACCCUUCUAGGGAAUACUCAGUGGGGAAACAGGAAAUGAACUUUCUAUCCUGGUCACCAAAGCUGUCAAGAAGCGAGAAAUAGUAAAAUCAACAAAUCUGAUUUGAGACCUAAAAGGCUUCUCUUGGAAUGAUUUCGUGAUUAUUUCUUUACUUGUUUUUAUUUUUCUAUUGUAACUGCAAAUGUUAUAUUUCUUGGUUUUCAUCUAUUAGAGAUAAUCAUUUCCAUACCUAUCUUGGUGUAUAGUGGUAAUUGCAAUGAGAUGGUACUGGUGAGAAGUCUUUGAAAAGUAAAAAAACAAUACAGAAAUCCAAGGGUCUUUUAAAAUUUAGUUUUCAGUAAUAUCUAGUACCAGUGUUCAAUAAAUUUCAAUGAUUUUGUAUUUGUAAGUCUCUUGCUAUAUGGUACCGCUCAUUUUUUUCUUUAGAUACCAUUUCUUUUUUGAAAAAAGAUGAUGUUGGAUAAUUUGGCUAUCAUCUUACACUGUAGAUAAAACUUAUAAAUAGCUGAGAGGUAGAAUGGAUAAGAGGGAAGUAUUUAGUUAAUAAGAAACUCUUCUGUAAAUAUACCAUUCUUAUAGGACAGACUGAAUUUUGUUUUGUUUUUGAUCUUUCAAGACACAAUUGAGAUUCCAUUAUCUACAGUCUGUCUUGAGACAUUAGGACAGUGAUGAAAUUCAGACUGUAUAUUUAAACAAAAAACCUUGCAUAUCUUGGAGAAGUAUCAGAAACAGUCUUUCACUGAUGGCUGUAAAGAUGAUUGGACUAAUUUUCUGAGUAAAUGAAAAUGUGAAGGACUUUUAGUAACU